ACACACGGCAUUUGUGGAUUGGCCGUCGUAUUUACAGAUAUUUAUUUUUUAUUUAGUAAAUUACUAAAACCAACAGUUAUAUUUCUUUAAUUAAUUAAAAUGCUCUUCGAAGCCUUUAUUUUACUGGUAGUACUCCCGCUAUUCUUUCUCACGUUGCUACUGUUCGGAGCCUUUGUGAUCGUCCCGGGCGCUUUUAUAUUCGCGUCAUGGUACAUGCGAAUCUACGAGCGAAAGAAACAGCGGAGGCUGCGAGACGGGCCUAACUUGGCGUUCUUCCACCCUUAUUGUAAUGCCGGGGGCGGUGGAGAGAGGGUGCUGUGGGUGGCUAUUAAGGCCAUUUUGACUAGAUAUCCAGACACCAACAUAUACAUUUAUACAGUGGACACAGCAGAGCCUCAGACCAUUGCCAACAAAGUACAGAAUACAUUUAAUGUCAAAGUUGAUGCCAGCAAACUUAACUUUAUUAGGUUGGUGUCAAAACGGGCAAUAGAGGCAAGCUCAUACCCUUACUUCACACUGCUGAUGCAGAGUCUGGGCUCCAUGGUGUUGGGGUUGGAGGCCUUCAUGAAGUUCAAUCCAGAUAUCUUCAUAGACACGACAGGAUAUGCGUUCACGUACCCAAUCUUCCGGUACCUGGCACAGUGCCCGGUGGGCACCUACACGCACUACCCUGUCAUCACUAAGAGUAUGAUGCGCCGCGUGCAACAGCGUAUUGUCUCCUAUAACAACAGGGGGAUUAUAGCCAGGAAUCCCGUGUUCACCUGGUGCAAGCUGCUGUACUACAAAGCUUUUGGUUGGCUGUAUGGGAUCGUGGGCCGCUGCGCCGACGUGGUGAUGGUCAACGGCACAUGGACCGAGGACCACAUCAACGACUUGUGGAACUCGCCCUUCAACACGCACCGGGUCUAUCCGCCCUGCGAAGUAACAGAGCUGAAGCAGCUACGACCUCUAGUCAAAGCCACGGAUCCGAUCCGGAUCCUAUCCGUGGCGCAGUUCAGGCCCGAGAAGGACCAUCCCCUCAUGCUGCAAGCUAUGUACGAGCUGAGGAAUUUGCUGGUCAAGAACGAAGUGCUUUGGAGCAAGAUUAAACUGGUAUUCGCGGGCGCGUGUCGCAACGCCGAAGACGAGGAGCGAGUCCAGAACCUGAGAGAUUUGGCGAAGCAUUUGUCUCUCGAGAAUAGUGUGCAGUUCGUAGUGAACGCUCCGUACGCGCAGCUGCUGCAGCUGUACCAGACGUGCAGCAUAGGCCUGCAUGCCAUGUGGAACGAGCACUUUGGAAUCAGCGUGGUAGAACUAAUGGCAGCAGGUCUCAUCACCAUCGCGCACCGUUCAGGCGGCCCACUCGCCGACAUUGUCGAAACAACUGAAACUAGUCGAACCGGCUUCCUAUGCUCUGAGGCUGAUGAGUAUGCCCGCGCCAUACUUGAAGUCAUAGCUCUGGCGCCUGAGGAGAGGCAGCGCAUCAUAGACGCCGCUAGGGCAUCCGUGGAUCGUUUCUCCACUUUAGAGUUUGAGAAGACCUUCCUCCGGGUAGCAGAACCUCUCAUGAAGCUAGACUGAUAGAAUUAUUCAUAU